AUGGCCUGCUGUCACAAAGUGAUGCUGCUGCUGGACACCUCGGGCGGCGCCGCUCGCCACAGCUCUGUCCGGCGGGCCGCCCUGCGCCUCCUCAUCUACCUCAGUUGCCGAUUCGGCCUGGCCAGGGUCCACUGGGCCUUCAAGUUCUUCGACUCGCAGGGGGCGCGGAGCCGGCCCUCCCGCGCGUCUGACUUCCGCGAGCUGGGGGCCCGCUCCUGGGAGGACUUUGAGGAGGAGCUGGAGGCCAGGCUCGCGGAUCGCGCCCACGGCGCCCACCUGCCGGGCCCGGCGCCCAGGGCCACCCACACGCACAGCGCCCUGAUGGAGACGCUGCUAGAUUACCAGUGGGACCGGCCCGAGAUCACGUCGCCCACGAAGCCGAUCCUGCGGAGAAGCGGGAGGAGGCUGCUGGACGUGGAGAGCGAGGCCAAGGAGGCCGAGGCCGCCCUCGGGGGCCUCGUGAACGCCGUCUUCCUCCUGGCCCCCUGUCCGCAUUCGCAGAGGGAACUGCUGCAGUUCGUGUCCGGGUUCGAGGCCCAGGUCCAGAGCCUGCCGCCUGCCCCUAAGCAGGUGAUGGAGAAGUUGUUGCCUAAGAGAGUGCAGGAAGUCAUGAUCGCCCGAAAAAUCACUUUGUACUGGGUGGAUACCACCGAAUGGCCUAAGUUGUGGGAAUCCCCAGAUCACCUUGGGUACUGGACAGUUUGUGAACUUCUCCACCACGGAGGAGGCACUGUCUUGCCAUCUGAAACUUUCAGCCAGGAUUUUACGAAAACUGGGGAAACACUGAUAAAGGGUGAAAGGAAGCUGUCAAGUGAACCUCACCUCUCUCUGUGGAUUUCAACUCUGCCAACUGAUGCCACUUUAAACCGUUUGCUCUAUAAUUCUCCUGAGUACGAAGCCUCAUUUCCACGGAUGGAAGGAACAUUAUUUCUCCCUGUUGAGGGUGAAGAGACUCAAAAAACAUGGACAAUCACCCUAGAGCCUUUGGCCAUGCAUCAGAGACAUUUUCAGAAACCAGUCAGAAUUUUUCUAAAAGGUUUUGUGGCCCAGUGGUCUCUUCCAAUGAGCAGCACAUUGUGCACUGAAAGCUGGAUGCUACAAAGUCUGGAGGAGAACAUGACAACUCAAAGGCUGUUAUUUCAGCAUCUGGUAAGCAGGCUGACUGCUGAAGAGUUACAUCUGGUCGCCAGCGUGGAUCCUGAUGAAGGCUGGCCUGCCACCACUGGAAUUAUUUCCCCGCUCUCUGCCAAUGCUACGAUUCUCACUGUGUUCCGCACUGAGGAGGCUGAGUUUCAAAGACAUAUUCUCCAAACAGCUGUGGCUGAGGGCCCCCAGGAUACAGCUUCCCUUUUCUCAGAUGUUAUGGAUGGUGUAUUGAAUCAGUUUCAUAAUUCCCCUGAAGAUCUUGCUACUACUGCUUCUCCUGUUCCAGAGUGGGCCCAGCAGGAGCUUGGCUGCACCAUUCCCUGGAGUCCGGCUGUCAUGGAGAAGUGGUUUCCUUUCUCUAACAUCAGUGGUGCCAGUUCAAAUUUGAUGGAGUCAUUUUGGUUACUACAGGCUGCCUCAGCUAAUAAGGAAGAGUCUUCCAAAACUGAAAGUGAAUUAACAUGUUGUCUGUCCGAGCUGUACCAGAGAAAAUCUCGUGAAGAAUCUACUGUAGCUAAUCAAGAAGACAGCAAAAAGAAACGAGGUGUCCCUCGUACUCCAGUGAGGCAGAAGAUGAAUACCAUGUGCCGUUCCUUAAAGAUGUUGAAUGUUGCAAGGCUGAAUGUAAAGGCUCAGAAGUUACAUCCAGAUGGCAGUCCGGAGGCAGCUGGGGAAAAAGGGUUCCAAAAGAUAGCCAGUGGAAGAACAGCAGAUAAAUUAGAAGACAGAGGAAGAGCAUUAAGAAGUUCUAAACCUAAAGAUUUUAAAACUGAGGAGGAGCUACUAUCUUACAUACAUGAAAAUUACCAAAAGACCGUGGCCACAGGAGAAGUCAUGUAUUCAUGUGCCCGUAACAUGAUCUCAACCAUUAAAGUGUUCCUAAAAUCAAAAGGCACCAAGGAAUUAGAAAUGAACUGCCUAAAUCAAGUGAAAAAUAACAUCUUAAAAACUAGCAAAAGUCUUCGACAGAAUUUAGGGAAAAAACUGGAUAAGGAAGACAAAGUCAGAGAGUGCCAGCUUCAGGUGUUUCUUCGUUUGGAGAUGUGCCUGCAAUGCCCUUCAAUAUAUGAAAGUACAGAUGAUAUGGAGCAAAUAGUGGAGGAGGUGACAGAUUUUCUGCGCAUGGUGUGUUUAACUGAGGACUCAGCAUACCUAGCAAAGUUUCUGGAGGAAAUUUUGAGAUUGUAUAUUGACUCUAUCCCAAGGACACUUGGAAAUCUUUACAACAGCCUAGGGUUUGUGAUUCCUCAGAAGCUGGCUGGUGUCCUUCCUACAGAUUUUUUCAGUGAUGACUCCAUGACACAAGAGAACAAAUCACCACUUCUUUCUGUGCCUCUUUUGGCAAGUGCUCACACAGUGCCAGGCAACACUGAAUCUGACCAACUGGAGGAGCUCCGUACCAGAUCAGCCAAGAAGAGAAGGAAAAAUCCAUUAAUAAGACAUAAAAGCUUUGUAGAGGGUUCGCAGAAUCUUCGACAAAUUGAAAUUCCCAAAGUGUCCAAGAGAGCUACGAAAAAUGAGAACUCUUGCCCUGCUCUUCAGCAGCCUCCACUCCCAGUGAAAGAUACAGUGCAAGAAGUGACCAAAGUUCGAAGAAAUCUCUUCAACCAGAAAACAUGUUCUCCUUCAAAGAGAUCCCUAAAGCGAGGGUUGCCUAGAAGCCAUUCUGUGUCAGCUGUGGAAGGUCUGGAGUAUAAACAUGACAACUUUAAGAAGACCAAAGUUCAUCACAAACUGCUGACUAAGAAUGUGUCUGAGACUCCAGUACAUAAGCAAAUCUCCAGAAGGCUGCUUCAUAGACAAAUCAAGGGCAGGUCUUUUGAUCCUGGUCCUGAUACUGACGUCGUUGAAGAGUCCCCUGAAAAAGGAGAAGAUGAAAUAAGUUUGAGACGAAGUCCUCGAAUCAAGCAAAUGUCAUUUAGCAGGACAAAUUCUGCUUCCUUCUAUUCUGUGUCUCAGCCAAAGUCUCGAAGUGUGCAGAGAGUCCACUCAUUCCAGCAAGACAAGUCAGACCAAAGAGAAAAUUCUCCGGUCCAAAGUAUUCAGUCUCCCAAGAGCCUUUUUUUCGGGGCAGUGUCUGAGAUGAUCAGCCCCUCAGAAAAGGGUUCAGCCCGAAUUAAAAGGCCUUCAAGAAACAUGUUGGGCUCUGAGAUACCUACAGCUUACCAGACUCCUGAGAAGAGCUACCAGGAAUCUCCAAGCUUUUCUAAAACUACACCAAGAAGUUUCCCUCGUACACUGCAAACUCCAUUGUAUACUCCAGAAAGGCUGCAAAAAUCCCCUGCAAAGCAGACCAUUUUUAAGGAGUCCUUAAAAGGCUUCUCCUCACAUGUCUAUGAUUCACCAUCAGAAUCAAAAGUCACUCCUCAAAAAGGAUACUCCCUAGCAGGAGAUGUCUCUCCUAAUGAAAAGAAGAUACCAAGAACUCCCAAAAGGCAAGGUGCUCAGCCACCUGGGUUUUUGCUGAAUCGUACUUGGCUACAUUCAGUGAAUUCCAGUCCAGAAAGUCCCUCCUGUCCAACAACUCCGUCAACUGCCCAGCGCAGAAGUGAGUGUCUGACUCCUGUCAGAUACUCUCUCAGAACACCUCCGAGAGCAGCAGCCUUCACAGGCACACCUCAGAAUCAAAAACACCAACAGCCCCGUGUCCCCAGAGCUUCUCAGGCAGAGGACCCAGCACAGAAACUAAAGGAUAAAGUUGUCAAAACCACAAAGAAUCCAAGGAGUACAACUAUGAUUUCUUCCCCACCUGUUUCUCCGAAGAAACUAUUUACUUCUCCUUUAUGUGAUAUUUCCAAAAAGAGUCCAUUUAGGAAACCUUCAAUAGAAUCUUCUCCCCCUGGAGAACUGGAUUGGAAAGAGUCCCAGGUGUCAUCCAGUGUAGCUGCAUCUCUCUCUUAUCCUGCUCCCUCAACUCCCCUGCAAAUCUCACAGAUAGUCACAUCUCAUUCUGUCCCCCGUGCACCCCCCUCUAAAAUUGGGAAGUGGUAUAUAAAGACCUCUAAUCCUGGAAGAAGCUUCCUGGAGUGCUGGCCUGACAGCUGUGCUGCUCCUGUGGUUGGCACAGCUGACAGCCCGGCUGCCAUCACAGACUCUAGAAAGGACCAGAAGGAAGUGGGCCUCUCUCCUCAAUCUUCUCCUGAAAGACAGAGUUACCUGGACACUGGUUUCGGGAGUGACUGGCAUAUAUCCUCUUCUCUGUUUAUUGCAAGUAACAAACAAUAUCUCACUCUCCUUGAUGAAGCUGAGCACUGUGGUAGUGAUAACUUGAAAAGUAAUGUCUUACCAGUGGAGGAAGGUGAGGGGUUAAGGACAGGGACUGCUGAUGAGAAGCCUUCUCUGUCUAACCCUGGGAUUUCUCCAUCUCCUUCCUCGCGGCCUGGCUCUCCUCUGAUACCUUCCUACAACCUGCACUGUACUGCAGACAGAAGGCAGCACUGGGCUGCAGCUCAACCAGACAGUCUGCACACUUCAGCCCAGCAUCCGAAAGCCUCUGGCAGUCCACAGACCUAUGAGAUUGAGCUGGAGAUGCAAGCUUCUGGCCUUCCCAAGCUUCGAAUAAAAAAGAUAGAACCCGAGCCCCUAAGAAAGGAAGAGAGCUCUAUGGGAGAGGAGAGCUCCUUCCCUGGUCUCAGCUUGCCCAGGAGCACAAGGUCCUCCAGCAAACCCGAACCCACCUACAUGUCACCCCCCUGCCUCCGCCCCUCACACAGCACACCUGGCAAGAGUGGGGGGCAAACCUACAUUUGCCAGUCCUGCACCCCCACCCACUGCCCCUCUAGUACCCCUUCUCCGUUUCAAACAGAUGUUGGGGUUCCUUGGACACCAUCCCCCAAGUACAGUGGGAAGACACCUCCAGACACAAUUAAAGACUGGCCCCGGAGGAAGAGGGCAGUGGACUGCAGCACUGGCACCUCUUCCGGGAGGGGUGAAGGCAUUACAGACCUUCCUGGGGGCCUGUCACUGCUUGACACUGAGGGGAAGGAGCAAAGCCUUGACCUCAGCAUCCACAAGACCGCCAUCUUGGGGGAUAUUGAGCUUGAGGGGGUGUGUCAGUUGCCAGACCAAUCACCUCCCAGGGACAGUGUGCCCAGGGCUGAGGAAGCCUUAUGGGGACAGUUUGGGUCGGGUUCCAGAAAGAGACUCUUGUCUGCUAAAGAAGAAGCUGAGUAUCAAGCCAAAAGAGUCUGUGACAACCUGAGAGAAGAUGCAGAAGUUAGUAGGUAUGAGGAGAGAUCAUCAAGUUCAAGUGUGUGCCAGCUCCCCUCCAUGGGGGACGAUGAGGUGUUUGUUUCUGGCUCCACCCCACCUCCUGGCUGUGCUGUGCGGAGUGCCCUCUCCACCAGUGGUCUGCAGGCUCUGACCCAGUCUCCACUGCUGUUCCAGGGGAAAACACCUUCUCAGUGCAAAGACUCCAGAGAUGAGGAUAUGGAUGUGGAUAUGGAUGCCUUUCCUUCCACUGCAGAAGAAUCUCCUUUCAGCCGAGCAUUCUCCAGGAGACACCUCAUCGGCAGAACUUACACACGGAAGAAGCUCAUUAGCUAGUUAGGAUGGAACCCGGUUGGAGGAUUUGUAACUACAAACACUACUGAACUUGACCAGAUCCAGUGCAUUCCCUGAAAGGGGGAGUGCUCUAAGAGUGGUUUUGUCUGGAUGUGUUAGGAAUUCCAGACUCAUACCAUGAAGGAAUUCUAGCAGUGUGCCCAGAAACAGGAGAAACUGGGGCUUAAUGGGACUGAGAAAGUUCAAAAGAUGAACAUGAAGUCAGCCCGGUUCCCAUGGGCAUAAAGAAAUUGGGAACCUUGUCCCAAGCCUCUUUUACCUGGUCAGCUUUCAGAUUCCCGCUAGAAUGCCUUGUGGUUUUUUAAUUCCCCUCAUGGAAUCUAUCCACCCCCAGGCCCUAUCCUUUGUUGGGGAGGCUGGGGAAGGUGACAUGGAUGGCAGUGUAGCUAGUGCUGUCACUCACGCAGCCUGGGAAACCAGACAAGGAAUUGUUAACACUGGGAUCCCAUUCCAGCCCCACCCAUUCAUGACCUUGGUAAGUCAGAGGGCUAUUCUGUGCCUUACUUGUGAAAAUGGAGAAAGGAGCCCUGCACGAGGUCCCUCUCAGAGCUGUUGUAAGGCUGGGGCACUGCCACAUGGGCAGUUCUUUGUAAACUGUGAAUCCCUGUACACAAAACUGAAGACCGCAUCGGGCAGCAGAGUAAAUUCUUUGCAUUCCCUACGUAACAAUAAAGUCAUCUCUGACUAA